ACUCGCUAAUCAUUCAUUCCUGUGGUAAUUGCCGGACGAGCAUCGCCCCACACGGCCACGAUAAGUGAAAAAGAAAACCUGUGCAAAAUGUUCAAGCUGGUGUUGUGUCUCUCGGCGUUGGGCCUGGUGGCCUGUUACGACUUCAAAGAUUCGUUCUACAAUGAGCUGGUCCUGGAGGACAUCCUGGACAGCGAGGACACUCCGACGUUGAUGGACCGCUUCAAGCGUUCCACUCCUGAAGCGAACGAUGACAAAUGCAAGCGCAACCACCAUAGACACAGGUGCUGUAACGAUGCCAACGGUGAAAACAUGGACAAAUUCCGCGAUACGAAGAAACAAUGCUUCUCUGAAGUCCGCUCCAAGGACCGUUCAGCCCGCGGUAUGGUGAACCCAGUGGACAUGUUCGACUGCGAGAAAAUGAACAAAACCAAGCAGGAAUACAUCUGCGCCGUGGAGUGCGUGAGCCGCAAGUUCGAUGUCAUCGAUCAGGAAGGCAAUCUGCUGGGCGCGGACAAGCUGAUUCAGUUCACCAAGGACAACUUCGCUGCCGACCCGUGGCAGGAAUCGAUAAUCGAAGGAGUGGUUGACACCUGUUUGAAGGAAGUUGCCGAGAAGAACGAAAAGCUGAAGGCAUCGGGCGAAACCACGACCUGCAAUCCAGCAUCGUCGAACUUUGGCUACUGCAUGUGGCGGCAGAUGACUUUGGCCUGUCCGAAGGAUAAACAGGAACAAUCCAAGAAGUGCGAGAGAAUGCGUGAACGGUUCGCCAACAACGAGCUGGUUUCCUACCACAAGCACGACUUCGAUGAUUAGUGAAAGAUACGAAAUUGGACUGUUGAUUUGAUAAGCGGAAAAAAAACAAUUAAAAGUCAGAACAAAGUAA